AUGAGGCUCUGUGGGCAGCCGUACGCCCACUGGCACGCACAUCCCUCCGGCCCGGUGCUGGAGGUCUUGGCGGCGGGAGAUGGCGUGCUGUCCCUGAGUCAGCACAGGUUGGCUCUGCACGGGCUCGGUGGGGCGCCGCGGUGGUGCCUGAAUGACGCGGGGCCCCAGGGAGGGCACUUCACGGCGCUCUGUAUGGAUACCGGGACCGGCGGAGGGGGAGGAGGCGGCAGCGGUGGUCGUGCCGUUCUUGGCCGCAGCAGCUCUCUGGUAUCCCUGGUGGACAUCGCCACGGGGAAAGUGGUGGUGGAACAGCUUCACUCGCUCGUGGUUCGUCUUUUCCCCCGUCCCCCGUUACCCAACUCUGUGCGAGGUGCCGUUCAGGAGGUGCUAGGUCUGUUGGGCGGCGAGGGCAUCACGCUGCUGCGGGGCCCAGUGACCCGCGGGUCGCUGUGCUGCGCCACCUCGCUGGGGAGACUGGCGCUCAUUGACCCGCGGACCAAGCUGCGGGUGGAUGGCGCGCUCAUCGCCGCAGCUGGGGGAGUGGCGGCUCUGGACGGCCGCGGUGAUACGGUGGCGGCAGCCGGGUACGGACUCAGGGCCGGACAGGUGAUAGCGGAAAACUGCGUCAAGAUCUUCGACCUGCGUGCGGGUUUGCGGCUGCUGUACUCCCUCCCCACCGCUGGCUCCCCGUCCGCCCUGGUGUUCCAUCCGCUGAUGCCCGCCAGCCUGCUGGUCGCUAUGCCCUCCGCGCUGUUCUGUCUGGCGGACACCGCCACGGGAGCUGCCACGAACCUGUGCCAGGCAGACAUGGCUUCCGACUCCCUAUCCACAGCCACCAUCAGCAGCAGCGGCGAGCUGGUGGCGCUAGGGGGCAGUGGCGGAUACGUGCAUCUCUGGGGGGAUAUGGGGCCGGGGGGGCUAGGCGGGGGAGGGGGGCCGGGGCGGCACCGGGUCAACAAGGCAGCCAGCUCCGUGCCGCCACCCGCCCCCCCCGGGGGCCCCCGACCCAAACCCGCUGUGGCUCUGCAGGAGGACGACAGCUUCUCCUCCGCCCCCCAGUACCCCCCAGCACCACCACCCGGUGCCCCCCCUGGACUCCCACCCGGUCCGCUGGUUUCGGAGGUGGAUCCUUCCGAAAACAGUACGGUGGGGUUGCCGCCGCGGGUUCUGGAGCCGUCCAUGCGGCGGGAGAUCCGGAUGGUUGACGGUGUUGGCUACCUGCCCAACCCGCACUUCUCCCGCUCCAAGGUUCUCACGGACAUGGUCCGGGAGCUGGCGGGACUGCGUCACGGCCCCUCCGCCCGCCUGUCCAUGAGGCCGGACUGGGUGGACCCCGCGGCGGCUAGGGCGGAGAGACAGAGGCAGCGAGCGGCGGAGGGUGGCGUGGUAUUGCCUCUGCGAUACCAAUACGUGGAAAUACGACACUACGGCAGGCUCAAGUGGGAGGAGUUUGAUUUUUCGUACUACAAUCGUACACGGUUCGCGGGGCUGGAGAACGACCUUCCCAACGCCUACUGCAACGCGCUGCUGCAGGCUCUGUACUUCAUUCCCGAGUUCCGUACUCUGGUGAUGUGCCACACCCCCGAACCGGAUGUGGAGUUCUGCCUCACCUGCGAGCUGUCCUUCUUGUUCGCCAUGCUGCGGAGAUCUGUGGGGCUACCCUGCCAGGCCACCAACCUGUUCCGGACGCUGCGGUCGCUACGGGAGGCAGCGGCACUGGGGCUGCUGGACGGCGGCGGAAUAGGACCCGCGGCGGGUACGGCAGGUGACGCUGGCGCUGCGGCGGCGGCGAUGGCGGCGGCGGCCAUGGCGUCGCAUAGCGGCGCCAGUGGCGGCGGUGGGGGGGGCACCUCCGAAACCGAGUUGUCCCGCCGGGUUGCGGCUCUGUCCCGGUUCGUACUCGAGCAGAUGCACAGGGAGGCCUCCAACGCCCGAACCCCCUCCAUGGGCCCCUUCAGAUCGGGUAUCGCCCCUCAGCCCUCACCCGCUAAUGCUGCCAUGGCACCUGCGCUCGAGGUGGAUCUGCAGUACCCUCCAUCCCGUGAGAAGGCGGCGCGUGCGGCGGAGGAGGCGCGGCAGCUGGGGCUGAACAGGCUGCCGGGAACGGCCCCCUCGCAGGAGGACCCCCCCGGCAGUCCCCCGCCCCCCUUUUCCGAGCUCCUUCGGCGGUCUCUUCUCGCCGCCUCGGCCACCCGGGCCUGGCUGGACGAGGCGAGGGGAUAUGCGCUGGUACGCAAGGUUCGUGUCCCGCUGUCCCUCCCCCCCGUGCUGACUGUCAAUGUGGCCCCCGGGGACAACAAGGAGGCCGCCUGGUGGCUGCCCAACAAGGGGCCAGAUGGUGAGAUCCCCUCUGGAGAGGCCAAUAGACUGCCCUGGGCCCUGGCGGUGGUCAGCAAAACGCAGUUAUGGGAGGUUGAGGUGCACCAGGCGGACACGGCGGAGCAGCUGUAUGAACAACUAGGCACGUCCUUGUUCGCACCCGGUGUGGUGUCCGGCGUGUAUGAGCUGUGUGGGGCGGUGUUCCAGAUUCGCGACCUGGACGAGGCGGCCGACCCGAAUUCGAAUCGCACCGGCGGCACCAUCAAGCCAAAUCAGGGCCACCUGGUCACCAUGGUCAAGGUGCCGCAGCAGUACUGGGACGAGAUCCCGCAGCCGCGGCUGACCAAGCCGCCGCCGGGCUCCAUGGCGGAGUACAUACAGGGCAAGCAGCCGAGUACGACAACAAAUACGACGAGUACGACAACGAGUAAGACAGCGGUGACGGUGAUGACUAGCAGCAGCAACAGCACUGCACAGCCCAACGGGAAAACGGCCCCGCAGCGACAUUCGGCGUCGACGGCGACUGUUACCGUCGCCGCCGCCACGGCGCCAUCCUCCGACACCGCCUCCGCCGCCGCCGGUGGACCCCGCAGCAGUGGUGUCGGUUUGGAUCUUGGAUCCAUCUCCCUGCCCGACGACCUAGACGACAUCUUCUCAUCCACAAUGACGAUAGCGGCGGCGGCGGUGGCGGCGGCAGCUCAGGCUCCGACGGCUGCAAGCGGCAACCCCCCGGCGUCAGGGUGGCCGAGUGCCGCCACUGCUGGCGCCGCUGGCGGCGCGGCGACACCUCCAUUGACCCAUGGGUCGCGAGGUCACCCGCAGGGUCCCGAGUGGGUUCUCUUUAACGACUUUUCCGUUUCACCCAACUGCCCGGCGCACGAGGUAACCGCUACCUAUGCCAACCAGAAGCUGCCGUGUUUGCUGCAGUACAGACAGGUUCCACCGCCGUCGCACCUUGCCUCUACCGCCGCCGCCGCCGCCGCCGCCGCCGGGACAUCAGCGACGGCGUCGACGUCGGGAGUCGUACAACCCACAAACGCUGGCAGCAGCGGCGGCGGUAGCGGCGGAAGCUCCGGCGGGAACCGAGAUGGGAAGAAGCAAGCUGCUGCCGGGCCGCAGCGGCCGGGUGGCGGUGGCGGCAGCGGUGCCGUCGUGGCGGCGGCGACGGUGGCGGCUGCCGGCUCCCCGGCCGCGCUCAUCGCCGCCGCUACCUCGGCGCCGCCACCAGUGCUGACGUCAGAGCAGUUCCGGCUGCUGUGUUGCUCGCCGCCGCUGCAGGGCCCCAUGGCUGCACUGCCGCCAUUCAGCUAUGUGGUGGAGAACAACCGCACCGCCUUCGAAAACAUCACCGAGGCCAACAUCAUGUCGUACUACCUGCCCUUGUCCACAUUUCUCCGGGGAGGACACCAAAAUUGCGAUGUAUUAACCCUAGCCCGGGUGGCGGUGGUGGUGGCCGAGCCGGGGCCCUUGGCGGGCAGCUGCUGCCUGGACGAUUAUGUACGGGCCGUGGAACCCGUGUACGACUACCUGACCCGGUGGAGCGGGAUCCAGCCCGGGGAUCUGGAUCCGGCAGUUAGUCGCCACUACACCACCACACUCAAACACACCUACCUGAAACUCAAGCACUUGUUGGACUGUGGGUGUGUGUUCGUGGGUCACGACCUGAGGAAGGACUUCCGCUGCAUCAACAUGGUCGUACCCCCGGAGCAGCGGACACCUGCCGGCACCCGGCAAGGCACCUGCAUCCCGAUGGUUGUGGUCUUGCAUGGGGGUGCGUUCCCGGCAGCGGUGGGGGCGGCAGCACCGCAGGGCUUUCCGCAGCAGCAGCAGCAGCAGUACGGCCCGUACCCGCCGCCGCCGUCACAGCAGCAACAGCCGUACGUGCCGCAGCCACACCUGCUGGGUCACGACGCCGCGGAGGACGCCCGAAUGGCCAUGAGGCUGUACCACAAGUACCUGGAGGUAAAAGCAGACCACACACGCUGGCGCAUAAAGCUCAGCAUUGUGAUCUGGAGCUCUGCCCGAGGUCAAAAGAGGUCCUUCCCUGCAUGUAAGAUCCGUCACUGCCUUCCCCACAACCGCCUUCGCACCCAAGACACCGGAUAUCGGAUGCAGGCCAGCUGGCACGCCGACGAGUGUGUCACUUGA